GCCACCAUGUCCGUGGCCUUCGCGUCCGCCCGGCCGCGAGGCAAGGGGGAGGUCACGCAGCAGACCAUCCAGAAGAUGCUGGAUGAGAACCACCACUUGAUUCAGAGCAUCCUGGACUUCCAAAGCAAGGGCAAGACAGCCGAAUGCACACAGUACCAGCAGAUUCUGCACCGGAAUCUGGUGUACCUGGCCACCAUCGCGGACUCCAACCAGAAUAUGCAGUCCCUGCUGCCCGCGCCACCGACCCAGAACAUGACCCUGGGCCCUGGUGCCCUGACACAGAGUGGCCCCGGCCAGGGCCUGCACGCCCAGGGCAGCCUCAGCGACGCCAUUGGCUCAGGCCUGCCCCCGACCUCCCUCUUACAGGGCCAGAUUGGCAACGGCCCCAGCCACGCGUCCAUGCAGCAGACGGCGCAGAGCACGCUGCCCACCACCUCCAUGAGCAUGUCAGGCAGCGGCCACGGCUCGGCGCCUGGCUACAGCCACGCAGGACCCUCCUCGCAGAGCGUCCCCAUGCAGGGGCAGGGCCCCAUCAGCAGCUACGUGUCCCGCAGCAAUAUCAACAUGCCCUCUAACCCAGUUCCCAUGAUGCAUCAGCAGGCGGCCACAUCGCACUACAACUCGGCGCAGGGCGGGAGCCAGCACUACCAGGCCCAGUCAUCCAUCGCCAUGAUGGGCCAGGGCGGUCAGGGGAGCGGCAUGAUGGGACAGCGGCCCAUGGCGCCAUACCGGCCAUCCCAGCAAGGCUCUUCGCAGCAGUACCUGGGCCAGGAGGAGUACUACAGUGAGCAGUACAGCCACAGCCAAGGCGCCUCGGAGUCCAUGAACCAGCAGUACUACCCAGACGGCCAUGGUGACUACACGUAUCAGCAGUCAUCCUACACGGAACAGAGCUACGACCGCUCCUUUGAUGAGUCUACACAGCACUACUACGAGGGGGGAAACUCCCAGUACAACCAGCAGCAGGCUGGCUACCAGCAGGGCACUGCCCAGCAGCAGGGCUACUCUGGGCAGCAGUACCCCGGCCAGCAGAGCUAUCCUGGGCAGCAGCAGGCCUACGGGCCAACCCAGGGAGCACCCUCACAGUACUCCAGCUACCAGCAAGGUCAAGGCCAGCAGUACGGGAGCUACCGGGCCUCACAGACAGGACCCUCCGCCCAGCAGCAGCGGCCCUACGGCUACGAGCAGGGCCAGUAUGGAAACUACCAGCAGUGAGGACCAGCGUCCUUGGAGCGCUCGGGUAGCGUGUCCGCCUGGGGACAGAUGGGCCAACAGCGUGUCUGACGGACUGACCUGAUGGUGGCCCCUUGGCUGCCAUGUCUGGUUCACACUGGGCACGCAGCUGAGCGUGCCAGGGUACUGUGUAUGGUACCCUGCGUGGACCCUGGUCCCCUCGCUGCCCUGCCGUUUUCCAGCUGGCUGCGGGGUCCAUCAGCGACAGGCUACAUAAGAGUUGCCACCUCCCGUCUGCUCUCUGCUCACUCACAGGUUCGAAUGCAGCUGCGACUCGGUAGACCGUGGACGGCCCCUUCCCGCCCAGGGGUGGCUUCUGACUCAGUGCAAAGAUAAAGCUUGCUUUGUGUGGACGGCGCCUGCUGACCCGGGCUUCCCUCCAGCUCCGUCAAGUGAAAGGUGGAUGUGCUUGUCUUACAGAGGACACUGGGUCAGUGAGCGCACCCCGCAGAAUCCAUGGGGGGUGACUGCACAAGCAGCGUGGCACAGCCGAGGCCGGGUGCCGGGCUGAGCUGGGCCGCUCGGCCUGCGUCUGGCGGCCACCCCUGGCACAGAGGGUGACGCGUGCCCUGACCUGUUUCCGGAUUUCCGGGACUGACGCCGUGUGCCCCAGCCCUUGUGUGAGGUUCCUCCUGGGACCUGCUUGUCUGGACCGGCCAGGAGGAUCUCCGUGGGGUGACCCACACCCCUCUCAUCGGAUGCUGCUCCAUUCUUCGCGGCGAAAAGGGAAGGUUUGCGUGGGGAAAUCUGAUUGGCUUAUGCGUUCCUACAGUGUGAAUCCCACUGAAUCUACACUCUGUGUAGACCCUGAUGGCAGCGCACCCCGAACCCACGAUCGUGGGGGACGCCCCACCAGCAUAACAGACCUCUCUGGAAGAUGCUCCUCCGUUCCCAAGAAAUUCGCAAACUACCAGCGGAAGGCCGGCGGGCGCGGCUGCUGCUGCUCUUUCACGGGUUAAGUUUUGCAUUUUAAAAAUUCCUUCCUGACUGAAAUUGACAGCUGUGGGGCUUCCAUGGCCUCCCCACAUGUCCUGUGUGGACAGGGCCCACGGCUCCCGUGGCAGGGAGAGCACCAGCCUGGCCACGGCAGAUCCUCCCAG